CCUAAUAUUAGAUCAAAGUAGACAUGGCGUGCACCUCCGAUUUAAAACAUCUAACUUCUCAAGAAUUUGUGGCGGGAAAGCCACUAGAUAAUCAAAACAAGGCCUUGCAAGAAUUUAUUCAACCACACAUUGAAUCGUUUAAUUAUAUUUUAGAAAAUGGUUUAAAUGAAGCUGUAAAAGUUGCUGAUGAAGUUUUGGUUGAAAGAAGUCAAGAAGUUUCUGAACACGAUGCAGCAAUACAUUCAAUUGUUGGUUCAAUGCAUCACAAGGCUAAUUCGGAUCUUUCUCAUGAUGAUUUUCAAGAAAAGCAUAUAUCAAUUUAUAAUUCCAGUGAAUUAACUAAUAAUGUUCAAGAAAAUAAUUUAAGUAUACUUCAUGAAACUGAUGUUUGUUUAGGUAAAGUUCCUUAUAUUAACUCUAGUCAAAGCUCAACUAUAGUAACUAGCAAUGAUAACAUACCUCUUAAAGAUGACAAUGGUGAUGAUAUCGAAUUUGAAGCUUGUGACGAAUUUGAAAAUGUAGAGCUUCAAGUACCAUCUACUCAAUCAAAAUAUAGAUGUACUGAUUGCAAUUUGACAUAUCCUACAAAAUCUGUUUUGCGAAAACACCUGCAAACUGUUCAUGAUAAGGGUUCAUUACCAUUGCAAAAGGCUACUAGUAGAUGUAUUCAUCCUGAUUGUAAUGAAAUAUUUUAUCAUCGUCAAAAAAUGAUAGAUCAUUUGAAAGAUGUCCAUGGUGUAAGUUGUUUGCAAGAAGAUUUGGUGUUCAAUUGCUGGGAUGAAUUUAUUUUGUGGAAAGAAAAAGAAGAAGAUGCCAACUUUGUUCAUUUUUCUAAAAACUCUACUCAUACUAAUGCUAAGUAUUAUUCAUUAACUAAUUUUACAUGUCAGCGUGAAGGUAAAGCUGGUUACAAGUACAAAGGAUCUCACAAGAAAAAAUAUAAAGAUUUAGUUAUAGGCUCAAAAAUAUGCCCUGCUAGAAUGAGAGCUAGACUAGAUAAACCAAGUGGUAAGGUUACUGUUCAGUAUUGUAAGUCACAUAAUCACAAAAUGAGCUUUCAAGAUUUUUUAUAUAGAAGAAUGCCUGAUAGAUUGCGUAAUGAAAUUCGUGAAAAAUUGUUGUCUGGCAAAUCAUCAGAGGAAGUUUAUAAAGAACUUAAAAGUUUAGAUAAUCUUCGUGAAGAACGAGGUGAAAAUUUUGCUCCAUCAAAGCGUCAGUUUGUUACACUAGUUAAUAUUAGAACUAUAGCUAAAAGAAUGCAGAUAAAAGAACCUGCUGCCUCUAAAAGUUGUAUCCUUGAUGCUGAGCCAUAUGCUAUACAAGUUCAAAAACUAUUGGAUGAAACAUAUAAUCCUGUAAUUCUCUUUAAAGAUUCUGGUUCGCCAAUUGAAGUUGGUCCAGAAGAAAUAGAUCAAUUGAGUGGUGCACUUGAUUUGCUACUCAUUGGUAUUCAAACAAAAGAACAAAAAGAAAUGCUUUUAAAACAUGGCCAUCGAAUUUUGCUGAUAGAUAUUACUGAUGCUAUUAUAACUCCUGCACAUUAUAUUGUUACAUUAAAAGUAUUGGAUGAGUAUAAUAAAGGUUAUCCAGUUGCUUAUUUAAUUUCUAAUUCUCGCGAUGAAACAGUUCUGUUUUAUUUUUUCCAUCAAAUUAAAAUUCAAGUUGCAGAUUUCAAAAUAAAUGCAGUUAUGACUGAAAAUUCUUGCAAUGAAUAUUAUGCUUUUCGAAGUGUGUUUGGUGAUGAUGUUAAACACUUGCUAUGCAAGUGGAAUCUUCAUCGUGCUUGGUGCCAAAAAAUACAUGAAGAAUGCUUAGGUGACGAAGUAUUACAACAAGAGUUGUAUUUUAUUUUUCUUACAAUAUUAGAAGAACCUAAUAUAAACAAAUUUCAUAGCAUAGCUGCUGAGUUUAUAAGUAACUACCAGAUUCGUUGCCCAAAUUUUAUAGCGUUUUUUGUAUCUAAUUAUAUGAGCCAACCAGAAGUGUGGACUUCAUGCUAUAGAACCACUCCUGAAUCUGACUGUGAUGAGCUACUUUAUGGAGAUCGUAUUUUUGAUAGAGUUAAAAAAGAAAUGAAAUUAACUAAUAAACCCAAAGUAGUUGACGAUAUAUUAGAACUUGUUUUAAAAUUUGAGCAUGAAGAUUAUUUUAACAGGGGUUUAAACCUCAUGCUUAAUCCCCCUGAACAAGAGGAAAAGUCUUCUGAACACGUGCUUGGUAUGAAGAUUAAAACCACUGAUGUUGUUGACAAUUAUAACUCUGAUAACUCAUGGCAGGUGAAAACUAUUAACUACGAUCCAGCUGAUUUGCAGACUUUAAAAGAAGAAACGUUUGUUGUCACUUGGAAAGCAGAUGUUUGUGACAUGGAUUUUUGUCGUGAAAGAUGUCUUAAACUUGCAUGUUUUGGUUUAUGUAGUCAUUUAUACCAUUGCUCAUGUGAAAGAGAGUGUAUAACUCCUUGUCGCCAUAUACACAAAGUACAUAGUAUUCGAAUUGGCAUUAAUCAAUCAAAUCCUGAAGAAGAUUCCACAAAAAAUGAUAGUACAAGUAAAGUUAAUACUACACAUAUUAAUCUUAUAAAUACUAGUUCUAGUGUAAACGAUUGUAAAACAAAUACUUCUAAUCAGUCGAAAUCAGCCGGGCCUAUAAAAGCACAGAGGGUCGAGAAAAUAAAGAAAAUUAAGCUUGAAUUAGUAAAACUUUAUAAAUUUCUUGAAAGAGAAAAUAUUCAGAAAUAUUCUCUUGAUUUCAUUGAAGUUGGUCUUAAGAAAGUUAUUGAUGAAUGUACAGUAAUUGACAGUAUUGGUCAAAAUAAAGAGGUUGAUGUGAACUGUAAAAAAAGAAAAAUUGUAGAAAAAGAUUUAUCUGAUUUUAAGGCAUUUGUAAAACAUUCAAAGGAAAAAAAAGUCAUGCGCAUUAGCUCCCCAGUUAUGGUAGAUAUUGAACCUUAUACAGAUUUUUCCAAUCAAUCUAAAAAACAAAUAAGUGGUCAUCAAAAAAAAAGAUAUAAUUUAACUAAAUCAAAAAGCAUCAACAUUAAUAUAGAAAGUGAGCAUUCCUCGAAUCAAGAGUUAAUUGUUAAUUCAUUACAAGAUCAAGACCAAUUGAAUUUUUUCAGUGUUGUUUAUGACGAUUGCAACGAAGUUGAAUUAUCAUAUUUGAAUUUAAAAAGUAUUAAAAAUAUUUCGACAGUUAUUAUUAAUGGACCACAUUCAUUUCCUCUAGCUCAUCUUAAAGCAUUAGAUCCUAACCAAAUUGAAAAUGAUACAGCCUUAUUGUCUAAAAAUAUACCGAACUAUCAUCCGGGAUAUAUGUCAGAAGAAAUAAUUGAUUCAUAUCUCUAUUGCUUGUGCAACCAUGAAAACUUAUUGUACAUUCCGACUAAUCAAAUGCACACCUUAAGAUCAAAUCAACCAUAUACUCAACGGUUUUGGCAAGCUGAUAAACUCAAAAAAUGUAAAUAUAUUUUUAUUCCAUGGAAAUUUAUUGAAAGUGAUUUUUAUUCUAUGUUUAUUAUUGAUCUUUGUAACAAAAAUAUUAUGUACUUCAAUCCUAAUCAAGCAUAUAUUGAAUUUCCGCAAAGCAUCAAAACUGCUCAUUCAAUCUUAGUUGGGCUAAUGACAAUUGAGAUAGGCUUUAAUGAUUAUUUAACAGCAGUUUGGCCAUUAUAUCAACCCAGGUAUACUUUGGAAUCGAACAUUCAAUUUUUAAACAUUAGAAACUUAUGGUACGCAAAACAAGUUGCAACUGGAAAUAGUGUAGAUGACUCUAAUGCUGAAAUGUGCCAAUUUGUAAAGAUAAUUACUUGGACCUUAACUGAAUUUUGCAUGAAACAUAUUGCUCUAGAUAGUAUACAAGCAUGUGGGAAAUGUAAACUUCCAGUUGGCAAAAACUCAUUAAGUUGUAUACGUUGCAAACAGUCAUACCACAGACUCUGUGUAAAUUUGUUGAAUGAAGAUUUAUUGUUUGUUUGUCUUUCAUGAUUUAAAAAAAACAAACACAUUAAAUAUUCAUAUUA